CCGCGCUCCAUCUCGGCCAGCAGCUGAGUCCUUCCCCAAGUCAUGGACGGAGGCCGGCGUGUGUUCGCCAUCCUGCUGCAACUCGCACUGACCGGAUUCGCCUCCUGCUACUUUAACGGCGCCGACAACUCUCUGUACACGUUGGACGGCCUGGGCCUACCGCUGGUGCUGCCCGGCAGGUACCCGUCAAGUCGUAGCCAUGCCAGGAACGUGGCCAAGUUCUACGGACAUCCCGUUCUACCGAGGACGAGGUGGAUGACUGAGAGCUCGUACAGGUCAGUGGCCGUGUGCCGUCCGCGGCAGCUGUCGCUGUGCGACGACGUGCUGCCGUACAACUCGACGCUGCUGCCGAACCUGGUGGGAGACCGCGACCGUGUGUCCCUGGACAGGACGCUGCUCUUCUUUGCCCUGAUGCUCAAGACCGAGUGCAACCCGAGGCUCAAGCAACUGCUCUGCUCGCUGCUCGAGCCGCCCUGCCGCGGUGGCAGGACGCUGCUUCCCUGCCGAAAGUUCUGCAAAGUGGCGACGGAGAACUGCCAGAAGCUGAUCCCGGCGACGCUGGCGCUGUCACGAGUGUUCGACUGCCGCCGCUACCCGGAUUCUGACAGCCCUGGGGUUUGCCUCAACCUCGCCAGAAGCGCCUCGUGCAUGCGCCAGGAGCACCAGUGUCCCGACCUGACGUGCAUCCCGAAGCAGUGGCGGUGCGACGGCGUCCGGGACUGCCCACUGGCCGCCGACGAGGCAAACUGCACCGGCCGUGGCGCGUCGAAGGUUUGCAGUCACGAGGAAUUCCGCUGCGACUACCGCUGCAUCCCCAACACGUGGCGUUGUGACGGUGAACCAGACUGCCAGGACGCCGCCGACGAGAGGCACUGCCCGCCAAAGCCAGUGUGCGGCACGGGACGGUUCCAGUGCCGGGAUGGGUCGGGCUGCUUCCCGCAGCGCUGGGUGUGCGACGGAAAGGCCGAAUGCCGGGACGGCAGUGACGAGCAGGACUGCACCAACAGGAAAUGCACGGCCGGCGACUUCCGGUGCGACAACGGCAUCUGCGUGCCCUCUCUGUGGCGCUGCGACGGACACAACGACUGCCGCGACGGCAGCGACGAGCGUCACUGCGGAACUUACGUCAAAGUGAACGGCCGGCCGAGCACCAAACACUGAAGCUGGGCUACCAAAGACAUCGCGCGUCAAGCAGCAGCAACAGCAGCACUUCUUGAGCGAGAAGGAACUGCUCGCAGGCCGGACAAAGACAGUCCAAGACGGGCUCCGCGCCAACAUUCAUUCCUUGAACUUCGUUUAUUUCACGUGGGCCGGGGCGCGGGAACACAUGAAACUAAAAGAGCCACCGUUAAACUACGAACCACUCUUCGGACAGACGUCGAGAGAGGGGAACGGGCGAGUCAUCACAUUAUAACGUGUCCAAAACAGCAAAGAAAAAAAAAAACGAGCCUUGAUCAAGUUGUCAAACGAGAAAGUCAACAGCGGAGGUUAACAAUGGACAGGAGACAGUCACAACAGGGCCGCCGACACACAGAACACGGCACAAACGGCACGGUGCCGGCGUUGGGGUAACGCCAAAAUCUUCACGUCUCUAUCUCUUGUUUUUGGCGUCCGCUUGGCGUCUUUUCGAUGAGGUUAUUCGAAAAGCACUUGGGGCACUUUUCCAUGUCCAUCAAGUGUAUGACCGCGGGAUGUUCUUCGCACGGCUUCUGCUUUCUGCCCAUAAAGGCGUUGCCGCAGGUCCCACACAAUAUGUAGGCGAUGGGCCGAUUGCACACGCAACUCUGCUCGGAAGCCUGCGAGCAAGAGAACACCGAUGCUCAAUACCGAAAGAAAAAAAAAAAAAAUGCGACAGACCUGGACGAUCUUAAAGGGACACUGAAGUGAAACAAAGAAUCGGUUCAUGUUGAUAACUUGUACUCUGAGAACUCUAGUGUCGUUAAUUUCACCAUCAUAGGUUUAUUAAUAGAGGAGAAAAUCCAAGGUCAAGUUUCAUUCUUAAAUUUCGCGCCGAAAUCUCCCCGCGUGACGUCACGGAUUUCCAAUUUCAUUUUUCGCAUUUUGCCGACAUUGACGCAAGGAAAUUUCGUGAAACUUGAUAUGUCAAGACUACGUCCCUCUCAGAGGACAAUGCACUCCAGUCAAAAUCUAUGACGUCACAGCGUUUGGUGCGGGAAUUUCAAGGUGGCCUCGCCACCGGCACUUUCUUUUUGCGCGUUUGCUCACCAAGAGUCUUCUCGCGGCGAGCGUGGUUAUUUUGGAAUUUUAAUUUACUUGAAAAAUAUAAUUUGUCUAUUUAGGGUACCUUUAACAGCUAUAGAUUACGUUGGGAGUCGCAUCCGAGCUUGCUGGCUCGUGAAUGCGCGUCAAAACAGUAUCCGGAGCUUCCCUCAUUUGACGGACUGUCAUUUAGCGAUCUCUUAGUGGCUCUUUUCAGUUUCGGUUCUCAAGUCUGUUCCCACGGAAGAUGUAAAGUUCUACACUACGGUUCACGCACAUCGUCAUACCGCGUAAGCAUCAUUCAUCUGCCUGGGUGCCCUGUGGGGGGCUCGGGAACCCAAAUAAACGUAUGUGAUAACCGGCGAUGGGUAGCGACUAGAGCAGUGCCGUAUCUUAUUCUACCCCACCUCGUCCUACACUUCACGUUAACCCCAAACAUUCAUGCGAGCCUCGAGCGCAUCUUAACAUCCUGACACGUAAACGAUCUGAAGUGAACUUUUGUGCAGUCACCCGUUCUGUAGCGAAGUACAAUUGAAGUUGUUUUGGUCAGCUUAACAGCGACGCGGUACCAACGGACGGUACUGGACAGCGGAACAUGACAACCAAUCCAUACGCAGUUGCAUAACGAAAGGAAAUGUUAGUAGUUUUGUUCCUCGACGUGACAUCGGCAGCAACUCGAAACGAAUCACGAAACGGUGACAGUUCAACGAAGGCAUGCAACUUGCUGUCGCUAUUCAUAAACGAAAUCUCGGCAACACCGUCGCAGCUACCGUCGUAACACACUACCGACAAGUGACGCUGUGGUCGGUCUGGCAGAGAGGCGGGAAGCGCGUUGUAAACGCAAGCCGACGGCAGGUGUGAGGAUUUGUACUUACCCGCGUGCUCCGAACGGCUUCGAGAAUGGCGUCAGCGAGUGCGACUCGUCGAGACAUCAUCAAGCCAGCAAAGAGUCCUCGAAUACGCACAGAACGUGCACAGAGGCGUGCCCACGAGCACACAAAAAACGCGCACGCGCGCUCGAAUCAACAUAGAGACAAGAACAAACCGACGCGCCACCUGCACGACCUACGAUUCGAAAACGUAACUAUCGAUAAACUGCACGAGAUAUGCGACGCUAUCGAUUACGUAACAGUGCUGCAACUGAAAUAGACUCGCGCAUGCGCGAACAUUCGGGUUAUUUUGAUUGUAAAAUGGGAAGCAGUGCGUUUCUUAGUUGUAAUUAACCUUUUACUUCCAAAAUUACUCGUGCACGAAAUCGAAACUUGAACGCGAUACUGAAACUGACAGCCCACGUCGCUCAGUGAAACGCAUCGACAGCGCCGGUGCUGCCAGUCAUCCCCAUCAUUUUCGAUAUACUCGCGAUGAAAUUGUGCCGAGCCUUGGGUUCAAAAUAAAGUACUUCUUUUUUUAUUUA